GAGCUGAAGCUUUGAACAGGACCUAUAAAAACUGUUUCUUUUGUACAAAGCAAAUCCAUCAGGCUUUGUCUCUGGUUGUUCUGGUCUCUCUCGGUUUCCCAGACCAAACCCUAACUCCCCUCUUGCUGCCUCUGUUACCAGGCAUAGAUGCUAUUCAAGCACCUCGAAGUGUGACUUCAGAGUCCAUCUUUGCAUGAUUUCUCAGUUAUCAAUCAUCAAGCAGACAUAUUUGGAGUGGUAGUCCAGACUCAGUUUGUUACAGCUGAAGAGAAAGUGUUUCUGGUCAUCUGUUUGAGGCAGAGGAAAUUUAGGACGCAGGAAAGCACCUUCCUUUUGUGAGUUGCAUGCUCAGUGGACAGAAUUGGCAAGAUGAUAAAGGAAGAAGAAAGCUGCUGUUCUGUGUGGACCAGAGAGCAAGAGAAGGCCUUUGAGAACGCUUUGGCAACUCACCCAGAGGAUUGCGGUGACCGGUGGGAGAAAAUUGCAGCUGGUGUGCCUGGGAAGUCCAUCGAGGAUAUCAGGCACCACUAUGAACUUUUGGUGGAGGACAUCGAUGACAUCGAAUCUGGCCGAGUUCCAGUACCAUCCUAUCUUCCUGUCGAAGGUGGUGGGGCUAAAAAGGGAGGGCACUCACAUGGUGAUCCCAGUCAUGGUGGAAGAACAUCAAGGUCAGAUCAAGAACGACGAAAGGGAAUAGCAUGGACUGAGGAUGAGCACAGAUUAUUUCUUCUUGGACUUGAUAAAUAUGGGAAAGGAGACUGGAGGAGCAUAUCUCGCAACUUUGUAAUAUCAAGGACGCCCACACAGGUUGCAAGUCAUGCACAGAAAUACUUUAUCCGUUUGAAUUCAAUGAACAAGGAACGGAGAAGGACGAGCAUCCACGAUAUCACCAGCGUCGGAGAUGGAGAUGCAUCAGCCCCUCAAGGGCCAGUCACUGGUUUGGCUGGCGGCAGUGCUACAGUUAAUCGUCCAGAGCUACAGUUCCCAGUGCCCCAGUAAGCCGACGACACCAUCAGAGAAUCUGUUAAUGUACAAAGCACAAGUGAUGUUUAUUGGAUAUAGGUAGAAGUACAUAGAUAUGUUGUUUAUGUAACAUAAUUAGAGCUGAAACUGCUAUGGUUAUAUGCUGCAUCUGUUCAAAGUAAUCAACCACAGAGGAAAAGUAAUAUAUGUAAAUGAUGUGUGUAUGUUUGUUGCUUUAGGGUGACUGAUUCAGUAUGGAGAAGAUAGAAUAUCUACCGAUAAGACACUUGUGAAGAUUGUUAUCUGGUGUUCUCAAACCAUUUUCUUCAACAAAUCUACUGUUUUACUCCCAAAAUAGGGAUGGAAUUGGUACUGGUUUUUCCUGUAAUUAUUACUAGGGUUCUUCUAGGGAAAUAAUUAGAUGCUUCCUUUUAUGAUUUCA